CACUCAUUACAAACGUUUGAAAAUAUUGUUAAUAUGGCACAAAACACUCAACUCUUGACUCUAAACAAUGGCCACAAAAUGCCUAUGAUCGGCAUUGGCACCUGGCAGGCUUCUGAUGCGGAAAUCGAAGUUGCAAUCGAAGCGGCUCUUGAAGCGGGUUACAGACACAUUGACACAGCUUCUAGAUACGGCAACGAGAAAGCGAUUGGACGAGUCCUUAAACGUUGGUUGGACUCCGGCAGGGUGAAGCGUGAAGAUCUCUUCAUUGUGACCAAGCUCCCACUUAAUGCCAACGCUCCCAGUGACGUUGAACCCAUCAUUAAGAAAUCGCUGGCCGAUCUACAAUUGGACUAUGUGGACAUGUUUCUCAUCCACACGCCCUUUACCCUUAUGGCCAGUGAGGAUGGUGGCGUCAAAAGGGAUGAGCAAGGUCUAGCGAUACCUGACUUAAGAACAAAUCAUGCCGCCACCUGGGUGGAAAUGGAGAAGUUAGUAGCUAAUGGUCUGGCCAAGUCCAUUGGCGUGUCCAACUUUGACCAGGAACAAGUUGGGCGUCUUUUGAAGACCGCCAAGAUUCGUCCAGCUACCAAUCAGAUCGAACACCACGUCUACCUCCAACAAAAAGAACUGGUUGACUUCUGCAAAGCUGAGGGCAUCGCAAUCACAGCCUAUGCUCCUCUAGGAUCUAAGGGUCUCGCUAAGUUUAAUGCUGGCUUUGGCAUAGUGCGAGAGCUCCCUGAUCUUAUGGAUGUUCCCGAAAUAAAAGAGAUUGCAGCCGCUUAUGGAAAGACACCAGCUCAAGUGCUUCUCCGUUGGAUAGUGGACACUGGCGUUAUAGCUAUUCCUAAGAGCACGAAUCCCGAGCGUUUGAAGCAAAACCUUGAUAUUUUUGACUUUAAACUGACGGAUGAGGAAGUCGCCAAGCUCGUAAAACUGGAUCAAAACUUCCGCAUCUUUAACUUCGCCUCCCACCACGGUGCUGAGCGCCAUCCCGAGUUCAGGUUCAAAAACGAGUUCACAAGCUAAGUGUUAAGUAUCGAAGACACUGAAUGGAAGAAUGAAAAGUAUUUGAAUUAAUUUAUAGAUCUUGUUAUAUGUUAA